AUGGAGCUGGUCUUCUCUCCAAAGACAGAUAAAAAGUAUGACAUGUAUAGAGGGCAUUCCAGACUCCUGGGGCUUGUUACUCUUUGGCUGGGAGUCAUCUUUCUAGCUGGGUUCUUCCAUACGAAUGUAAAGAUCACCUCUUCCUACAGAAUGUGGAGGUUUUCCACCAAGCACCUGAGACCCAGUUACCCCCAGACGAACGUGAUGUUUCUCAAGACCCACAAAACUGCCAGCAGCACAGUCAUGAACAUCCUAUUUCGGUUUGCAGAGAAGCACAAUUUGACCUUAGCCCUUCCUGCUGGCCAAAACUACCACCUGGGCUAUCCUCAUCGCUUCAUGGCCCAGUUUGUAGAGGGAUUUAAAACCAUGGGACAAAGCUACAACAUCAUGUGCAACCACAUGAGAUUUAACCUCCCAGAGGUCCAAAAAGUAAUGCCAAACACUACCACCUACUUUUCCAUCAUGAGAAACCCAAUUUCACUUAUGGAGUCCUCCUAUGCCUAUAAUAAAUUUUUUACACCAGCAUUUAGAAGGUCAAAGGAUGUGAAUGAGUUUCUGGCCUCUCCAUGGACAUAUUACAAUAUGAGUGAAUGCACAAAUAAUGUUCAUGCGAGGAACUACAUGUGGUUUGACUUUGGCUAUGAUAACAAUGCAAUGGACACUGAAGACUAUGUGCAGCGUGUCCUAGCGGAGAUUGAACAGGCUUUUCAGCUGAUGCUGCUAACUGAUUACUUUGAUGAGUCCAUGGUCCUGCUGAAGGAGACUUUGGGCUGGGAGCUGGAUGAUGUGGUUUACUUCAAGCUGAAUUCCCGAAGCCAGGACUCUAUCAAAAGCAUGACCCCUGAGAGCAAGGAAAAGGUAAAAGAAUGGUGCUCAUUGGACUGGAAGCUCUACCAACACUUCAACAGGACCUUCUGGGGGAGAAUUCAGGAGACAAUAGGACUAGAAAAAUUGGAUCAGGAGGUGAAUCUCCUGAGAAUGAGACAAAAGGAACUUAUGGAGCUGUGUCUCUUGGACCCAAUGCCGGUAGAUAAGACCAAGAUCAAAGACAAAAAACUUCAGCCCUUCCAGUCAGGGCGUGCAAAUAUUCUGGGCUAUAAUCUUAAAGAAGACAUGGCUAAUGAGACUCUGAGAACCUGCCUGAGACUGAUCACACCUGAGCUUCAGUAUAUGUCAUAUCUGUAUGCUCAUCAGUUCCCAGAGAAGAAGAGGAAGAGCACAGCCUUUUCCUUGUGGCGGAGGUGA